AUUAUUACCAUCAACUUAAAAUAUUGAUUUUGCUCAAUAAUACUCGUUUUUUCUCGAAAUAUAUAUGACUUCUUUUUAAAAGAAAAAAAAACUUCAAAUAUGACAUUCUUUUAUCUAAUUUAUCGACUUCAAAACCUAUUUAUAAUUAAAUAUAUAAUGCACAUUUAAAGUUCCCAUCAGAAAAAGAUAGGAAACAAAAAAAAAAUCCUUACUAAUUAUUAUACAAGCCUUAUUAACUCAUCUAGUACUACUAAUCUUACUCUUCUGCUCUCCUCGUUUUUCUCAAGCAAUGGAUGAGAAUACUCGAGAGAAAGAUAAUCAGGUAGCGGAGGCCGUAAAAGAGAGCCAAAAUAGGAAAAAGAAGAGUAGUACUACUCUUGAUGAGGCCGUAAGUGAAGACGAGCUCUCUCCGAUAGAGGAGGUCCGGUUAACCGUGCUUAACACGGACGACAUGUCGUUGCCCGUAUGGACCUUCCGGAUGUGGUUCCUGGGCCUUCUCUCGUGCAUCCUUCUCUCGUUUCUGAACCAGUUCUUCUCUUACCGGAAGGAGCCACUGGUGGUGACCCAAAUCACGGUCCUGGUGGCAACCCUUCCCGUUGGGCGGUUCAUGGCGUCAGUCCUUCCAAAGACCAAGUUUCGAAUCCCUGGGUUUGGCUCCAGAGAAUUCUCGCUCAACCCAGGCCCAUUCAACAUGAAGGAGCACGUUUUGAUUUCCAUAUUUGCUAACGCCGGAAGCGCUUUCGGAAACGGUUCUGCUUAUGCUGUUAUGAUUGUGGACAUUAUUAAAGCCUUUUAUAUUAAGAAGAUUUCGUUCUUGGCUGGCUGGCUUCUCAUCAUCACCACCCAGGUUUUAGGAUAUGGUUGGGCUGGACUGUUGAGGAAAUAUGUGGUGGAGCCGUCACAUAUGUGGUGGCCGAGCACACUUGUUCAAAUCUCCCUAUUCAGGACCUUGCAUGAAGAGGAAGUCGUCGACAAAUACAACAAACAUCGUAUUUCCCGGGCAAAGUUCUUUGUGAUUGCAUUGACUUGUAGCUUCUGCUGGUACGUGUUCCCAGGCUACCUUUUCCAAACCCUGCAAAGCAUUUCGUGGGUUUGUUGGGCUUUUCCCAAUUCUGUUACGGCCCACCAAAUCGGGUCGGGCCUUAAUGGGCUUGGACUCGGCGCUUUCACUCUGGAUUGGACAACUGUGGCCUCGUUCUUGUUCAGCCCUCUGGUAAGCCCAUUUUUCGCCAUUGCCAACAUCCUCGUGGGGUAUGUUCUGAUAAUUUACCUGGUGAUGCCCGUUUCGUAUUGGGGUUUGGAUGUGUUCGGCGCUAGAAAAUUCCCCAUAUUCUCGGCAGACUUGUUUACCGGUGCUGGUCAGCCGUACGAUGUUUCGUUGAUUGUUAAUGAUCAAUUUGAGCUGGACCAAGUAGCAUAUGCCAAGCAAGGGAGGGUCCAUUUAAGCACUUUUUUUGCUAUCACUUAUGGUUUUGGAUUCGCUACUAUAGCUUCUACACUUACUCAUGUCGCCUUGUUCCAUGGAAGGGAGAUUUACGAUCGAUUCAGAGCUUCGGUGAAAGGAAAGGACGAUAUUCACACAAGAUUAAUGAAAAACUAUAAAGACAUACCUUCAUGGUGGUUUUAUUUGCUUCUGGCGGUUACAAUCACAGUGUCCUUAGCACUCUGCAUAUUUCUCAAAAAGGAAAUUCAGCUGCCUUACUGGGGACUUUUAUUUGCAGCUUUUCUUGCCUUCUUUUUCACUCUUCCCGUUAGUAUCAUCACAGCUACCACCAACCAGACUCCAGGGCUUAAUAUUAUCACCGAGUACAUAAUGGGAGUAAUUUAUCCAGGAAGGCCCAUAGCCAAUGUUAGCUUCAAGACCUAUGGAUAUAUGAGCAUGUCUCAGGCAAUCUCUUUCCUUAGUGACUUCAAACUAGGCCAUUACAUGAAGAUUCCUCCCAGGUCCAUGUUCCUAGUUCAGUUCAUCGGCACCAUGUUAGCGGGAACAGUAAACAUGAGCGUGGCAUGGUUGCUUCUAAACACCGUAGACAACAUAUGCCAAGACGAUAACAACACAUGGACUUGCCCCAGCGAUAACGUGUUCUUCGAUGCCUCGGUGAUUUGGGGAUUGGUGGGACCGACGCGAAUCUUCGGCUCACAGGGAGAGUACCCAUCUCUCAACUGGUUCUUCGUAGGUGGUAUCGUGGGGCCAUUCUUGGUGUGGUUCUUCCACAAGCUCUUCCCCAAACAGAAAUGGAUUCCUUACAUCAAUCUGCCGGUGCUGCUCGGGGCCACGGCGAAUAUGCCGCCAGCAACGCCGCUGAACUACACUUCAUGGAUUAUGGUGGGAACUAUCUUCAACUUCUUUGUUUUUAGGUAUAGGAAGAAGUGGUGGCAAAGGUAUAACUACGUCCUCUCCGCGGCUUUGGACGGUGGCGUUGCGUUCAUGGCGGUUCUGCUUUACUUCUCCCUUGGUUUUGAAAACAAAGCCCUCCAUUGGUGGGGUUCUUACCCGGAUAGAGACACCGAGCAUUGUAACCUCGCUACCUGUCCCACUGCAAAGGGUGUGUGGAUUGAUGGCAGUGGCUGCCCGGUUUUUUAAUAAAAGAAAUUAUAUAUAUACAUGCAUAAAUGUAUAUGUUUACUAGUUUUUUUUUUUGAAAGAGAUAUAUGUUUACUAGUUUAACUGCUCUUCUAUGUACCCUGGCUUUUAGAAAAAAAAAAGAAAAAAUUGUUGGAUAUUUGAAUGGAAAAACAUUUGGGUUUUGUCCCACAUUGGUAAAUAAGAGUUUAUGCCUCUCCUUUGU